AUGGAACUCGGAAUUCAUUUAUUAAAAUUAAUAUCUGAAGCUCUUCAGCUCAACGUAGAUCACCUCAUCAAAUUGGGUUGCGCUAAAGGACUCGUAGUUCUCGGACAUUUCUACCCUCCAUGCCCGCAACCUGAGUUAGCAAUCGGCACCAACACGCAUAACGACAAUACUUUCAUCACAAUUCUUCUACAAGACCAAAUUGGGGGACUUCAAGUCCUACAUCAAAACCAUUGGAUCGAUAUUCCACCUAACCCUAAAGCUCUUGUAGUAAACGUUGGAGAUCUUUUACAGUUAAUUUCAAACGAUAAGUUUUUAGUGCACACCAUAGAGUUUUGGCAAAUAAAAUUGGCCCAAGAGUGUCAGUAG